UAUGUUGCGCAUGGAUGAAGGACAAGGAGAAGGGAGGGGAUUCCGUCUCUUUUACAAUAAAGCAAUGGAUCAGUGCCUGCCUUUUAGCUACAAAGGGUCAGGAGGAAAUGGAAACCGAUUCAUUACUGACAGGAUGUGCAUGUCAAACUGCUCCAAAAGAGCUGCUGAACUCUACCCACAAGGCGAUGCUGCCUGUGCAUUGCCAAUGGACUUUGGAUUGUGCCAAAGCCAUUUCCUAAUGUAUUACUACCACCAGGGGAAGAAGAAGUGCAAGAGCUUCUUUUACUCGGGUUGUGGAGGGAAUGGGAACAGGUUCAUUGAUAUUCACACCUGCAACUCCACCUGCGCCAAAUACAUUGGUGAGAAAAAAAAAACCUUACUGCUGGGGGUAAUUAUAAACUCUUAAACAACCUCAGUAACCAAUUGAAAAUGGCUUUCAUGAACUACAAACUCGAUGUAAUUAAUUAAAAUAGGUUUUAAAGAAACAGUCAUUAG